UCAAAAGUCGGUUGUUUGAUCUCUGUAAUCUCUAUAAUAUAUAUAUUAUAAAUAGAGAACUAAAAUUAGAAACUUUAGAAUUACUUGAUAAGGUACACAAGAAAAGAAAAUGGCCAAGAAAUGUAAAAGAAAAAGAAGCACUAAGAGAAAAACACAAGAACCAACCUCCUUGGUUACCCAAACUACUCACCAUUAUUCUGCUUCGAAAUCUUUGAAUCCUCGUGUGGUAACUGUAAAUGUGGGUGAGGAUAUUGUGAGUGAAAUUACAAGAUUGGCUUCAACUUGUCCAUCUUUGACUAUUCUUGCUGCUUAUGGCGUUGUGUCUACUGCCAACAUUCAUUACAAUGAUAUGUUUGCUCCUAUGGAAUACGAGGGUUUGUUUCAAAUUCUAUCUCUGACAUGUUCAAUGGAGGAAGGUGGUGAAGAAGCAAGUGUGAAUGUUUCAUUGUCUGAUUCAGAGUUCAAAGUUUUUGGUGGAGUUGCACGAGUGCUACUUCCUGCUGAUAAUCCAAUUCAACUGAUCAUUAUAGGAGAUAUUGAUACUAGUGAUGAUGAUGAUGAUGAUGAGAAUGGUGAGAACUCAUUGACAACUGUGUCCGCUUUGGCAACACCACCAAACCAAGCAAGAGCACUUGAAUCAGCAACACCACCAAACCAAGCAAGAGCACUUGAAUCAGCAACACCACCAAACCAAGCACCUGAAUUGGAAGCUGAACCAGCACCUACAACCACACUCAGACUCAGACCCAGACGUCCACCAAUACAAGCACCAGUGCAAGCACCAGCACCUACAACCAGACGCAGACGCAGACGCAGACGCAGACGUCCACCAAUACAAGCACCAGCACCUACAACCACACGCAGACGUGCACGUCCACCAGCAAGAGCACCAGUGCAAGCACCCGAAUCAGCACAAGCACUAGCACCAGCACCUGCAUUAGUACAAGCACCUGAAUUGGCACCAGUACUAUUUCCAAACCAAGCACCUGCAUUAGUACAAGUACCUGAAAUGGUACCAGUACCAGCACGAGCACCCGAAUUAGUACUAGCACCAAACCAAGCACCUGAAGUGGCACAAGCACAAGCCCGUGCAGCACCAGCACCAGCACCCGCACCUGUAUUAGUACACGCACCUGAAUUGGCACGAGCACCCGAAUUAGUACUAGCACCGAACCAAGCACCUGAAUUGGCACAAGCACAAGCCCGUGCAGCACCAGCACCAGCACCCGCACCUGUAUUAGUACACGCACCUGAAUUAGCACUAGCACCAGCAGCUGCACGAGAACACGAAUUAGGAGUAGUAGUACAAGUGCCAAACCAGCUUCUAAAUGGAAACCUUCAUCAAAGAGUACUAGAGCUUCAACAACACCAAUAUCAUCAAAGCCAAGCACUACUUGAACAGCACCAAUAUCAUCAAAUACCAGAACACUUACUUCAACAACACCAAUAUCCUCAAAUACCAGAACACUUACUUCAACAACACCAAUAUCGUCAACUACCAGAACACUUACUUCAGCAACACCAGUAUCAUCAACUACCAGAACACUUACUUCAACAACACCAAUAUCCUCAAAGCCAAGCACUACUUGAACAGCACCAAUAUCAUCAACUACCAGAAGACUUACUUCAACAACACCAAUAUCAUCAAAUACCAGAACACUUACUUCAACAACACCAAUGUCAUCAACUACCAUUCAAUUACAGGCAUCAAAGACCAGAACCACCAGGAUUCGCGGUACUACCUCAACACCACCAAUCUCAUUAUCAAAGUCCUGAACAGAUACUACAACAAGUACAACAACAACUCCAACUCCGGCAUCAACAAGACCAAAUUGUACAACAACAAUUACACCAACAUCAAAGACCACCACAAGGUCCACAACAAUUACCACCAGAUGAUAGUAAUAUCAAACACAUAGACUAGUAUCUUUAAGACAUACAGUACAUUGCAUAUACUAAGAAUUUUACCAUUGCAAAUUAUAGAAUCAAUAUGGGGCAAAGAAAAUGUUAUUACUGGUAAUUCAACAUCAAACAUAUUCUAAUUUGUUGGAACUUUUUACAAAGUGAAUGGAAUUUUGAUAUUGUCAUUAGACUAGUAAGCAGUGCUUUUAUAUUCUUUUCAUAAGUGAUCAAUUAGACGUCUUAGUAGUUUUGUUAACAGUUUUUGUUGGAUAUAUAGUUGAAAUGAUGAUAUGUAAUUUUGUUACUGGUUUGAAUUAAUAAAGCAAUGUAUGCAGUUUUGUUA